ACAUAUUCAUUCCACAUUUGUCUAGCCUUGACCAGAUAAAAUUCUAUAUGUAAGCAGGAAGGUAUACUGACUAACUUCUAGUCAUCCUCCCAGGCCUAUUUCUAAUGAAUCUUAAUUCUGAGAUUGCUUUUAAGUCCUAAUGCUAACCUCUGCAGCUUAGAAUCAGGAGUGCAGCACCCCCCCCUUCCUUUCAGUGCUCUUCUUCUUCCUCAGAACUGGAGCUCUGCACAUCCCAGGCCCAGGGAAUUUUAGCCUGGAGAAUUUUAACCCUUUCCUGCUCAGAGCAUGUACUGAGCUCCUAUCUGUGCAGAUGGCCCAGCCCCGCCCCCCGUCCCUCACUCCAGCCUCUUGAGCUCAGAGCCAGUGUAAUCCUCCUCUUGUGUGAGGGAGCCUCUCCCCUGCAGAGAGGAGGAAAGCCUGCUUCGGAACAGCCCUGGACAAAGGGGCUGAGAUGCCCCAUCAAACUGCAGGCUCUAAGGUUUGAAACACGGGGAUGAAUCCUAUCUGCUCUUCAGCACCUGUUGCCUUCACUAGCAACUUUUCCUCCUCCUCUUCCCUGCACUCCCCAGAACCAAAGAAUGUGAAGGGGGUCCAUGGAGGGCUCACGUCCCCGCGCCCUGGGCGGCCAUUUAACGCCUUCACCGCCGGCCUUUGAGGGCGAACUGGAUCUGCAGCGCUACUCCAACGGGCCAGGCCUUAGCACAGGGUCUCCAGGAAUGGGAGCGGUGGGCUGGUCUGAGAGUCGCGCUGGCGAACGGCGCUUUCCCUGCCCUGUAUGCGGGAAGCGCUUCCGCUUCAAUUCCAUCCUGGCUUUGCACCUGCGGGCACACCCAGGCGCCCAGGCCUUCCAGUGCCCACACUGCGGCCACCGGGCUGCUCAGCGGGCUCUGUUGCGCUCGCACCUGCGCACGCACCAGCCCGAACGCCCGCGCAGCCCCGCCGCACGCCUGUUGCUAGAAUUGGAGGAGCGUGCGCUACUGCGUGAGGCCCGGUUAGGGAGAUCCCGAAGCUCAGGGGGCCUGCAGGCCACCCCUGCCACUGAGGGCCUGGCGCCGCCCCAGGCUCCCUCGUCAUCCUCCUUCCGUUGCCCCUUCUGCAAAGGCAAGUUUCGCACCGCAGCGGAGCUCGAACGCCACAUGCACAUCCUGCACAGGCCUUGGAAAUGCGGCCUAUGUAGUUUCGGCUCCAGCCAGGAGGAGGAGCUGCUGCAUCACAACCUGACGGCCCACGGAGCUCCUGAUCGCCCUCUGGCGGCCACCUCGGCGGUCCCCCAGCCUCAGCCUCCACCCAAACCUGAACCCAGAUCGGUCCCCCAACCGGAGCCAGAUCCCGAGCCUGAGCCCGAACGUGAGGCAACCCCCGCCCCUGCUCCUGCCACUCCUGAGGAGCCCCCUGCGCCUCCAGAGUUCCGUUGUCAAGUGUGUGGUCAGAGCUUCACGCAGUCCUGGUUUCUCAAGGGCCACAUGCGCAAGCACAAGGCCUCCUUCGAUCAUGCGUGUCCCGUGUGUGGCCGUUGCUUCAAGGAACCCUGGUUCCUUAAGAACCACAUGAAGGUGCAUGCCAGCAAGCUGGGCCCAAUGCGUGCCCCGGGGCCCGGAUCUGGGUCUGCCCGGGCUCCCCAGCCUCCUGACCUGGGCCUGCUGGCCUAUGAGCCACUGGGCCCCACGCUCCUCUUGGCCCCAGCGCCCACCCCGGCUGAGCGCCGUGAGCCUGCAAGCCUGCUGGGCUACCUGAGCCUGCGAGCUGGUGAACCCCGGCCCAAUGGUGAGGGCGCUGAGCCUGGGGCUGGCCGCAGCUUCGGAGGCUUCCGCCCCUUGCCCUCUGCUCUUCCGGCCCGGGCUCGCCGGCACCGUGCCGAAGAGCCCGAGGAAGAAGAGGAGGUUGUGGAGUCUGAGGAGGAUACCUGGGCCCGAAACCGGGCACUGGGCCCUCUGGCUUCACUGCACCCGCGCCCAGGGGAGGGGACAGGCCACUCUGCACCUGCUUCGGGGGCCCAGGCAAGGUCCACCGCCUCACAGGAAGAGAAUGGGCUGUUAGUUGGAGGGACCCGGUCUGAAGGGAGCCGGGGGGCCACUGGCAAGGAUUGUCCCUUCUGCGGAAAAUCUUUUCGCUCAGCGCAUCACCUCAAAGUGCACCUGCGAGUACAUACAGGCGAACGCCCCUACAAGUGUCCGCACUGCGACUAUGCUGGCACCCAAUCAGGCUCGCUUAAGUAUCACCUGCAGCGCCACCACCGGGAGCAGAGGAGCGGGGCUGGCCCCGGGCCACCACCGGAGCCGCCCCCUUCCCAGCGGAUUGCCCAGGCAUCUGCCAAGGCGGCUCAGCAGCCUGCCACUUGGGCGGAGGGCACCUCGAGUCCUCGGCCUUCCAGCGGCUCAGCGCCGGGAUCUCGUAGGAAACCCGCCAGUCCUGGGAGGACCCUGCGCAAUGGGCGAGGCGGUGAGGCCGAACCCCUGGACCUGUCCCUGCGGGCGGGGCCGGGAGGUGAGGCCGGGCCGGGGGGUGCCCUCCACCGUUGCCUCUUUUGCCCCUUUGCCACUGGAGCUCCCGAGCUCAUGGCCUUGCACCUGCAAGUGCACCACAGUCGCCGGGCUCGGGGCCGCCGGCCACCCCAGGCUGACGCGUCCCUGCCCUAUCUCCGAGCACCGACAGGAGAGACCCCUCCAAGUCCUCCUCUGCAGGAAGGGGAGGAGGGCCCCAGGCUGUCGAGAUCCGGAGAGGUGGGGCUGGGAGGGCAAGAAAGGUAGGGAACCCUCUUAGGGGCCAUUAGUUUAGUGAGCUUACUCCGCCGGAGCGGGGGAGCCCUAGAGGUAGUUGGGUAGAACAUCCAGCAGGGGGCAGCGUGGGACCCAUAUCCCAGCCCCAGGUGGACCAGAGAGAAGUAAAGGGUGUUGAGGGCAUAGGGGGGUGGGCCGGGCGGUACCCACUCAGCCUAGGGGAGUCACAGUGCCUUAGAAGUGGCAGGGGUGAGGAUCAAAGAACGGGGUCCCAGGACUGGCAGAGAGAGUUGUGCUCUUUCGAGGAGAUGCUCUGCCAGUCCUUGCUGGUCCAUAGGCAUGAGAGUUUAUUUUUGUACAAUGGGUGGGGGUGGGGGGCACUGUACCCUUCUAAGCCCCUUUAGGGGCCCUGUAGACGUCGCUAUUUUUGGUACGAUUCCUGUCAUCCCUGUCGCAGAGUUGUGUCCCCAAUAAACAGGUGUCUUGAGGCACAGGA